CUCCACAAUACCACGUCAGGACUUUUUCAUUCUCAGUCGAAGUGCUAACUUCUCUCUCUCCAAGACUGCCCUCGUCGUUCCGUACGUGAACGCCAUUGGGGUCUUCCCUUAUAUCAAGGUUAGCCAGGGUCGUCUGUCCCGUACGUCUUAACAAGGUUGUCCCCAUCGCCCCCCACGCGAGCGAUGUCCUCGUGAUUAAAUAUGCUACCUUCUUCCGAGAGAAGGGCGUUGUCUCCAGUGUUGAGCUUCGAGCAUCGCCGGGCAGUCAGAGACUCGGGGAGGAAGGCCUUGGGCCGCAAGGCAAGCCGCCGGCAAGAGGUCGAAGAAGUGGUGAAUGUCCAAGUAUCCUGGCAGAUGUUUAGGAUCUCUCGACGAGCUUGGUUGUGGCUGGCGCCAGCGAGCGUCGUUCACGAUGCUGUCAAAGGCCGACUAGAUCGAGUCCAUCGCGCCAUCGUGGCGGGCAAAUUCGGCAAUGCCAGCGUCGAUGCCAGCACUUGUGAGAAUCAUGCAUGGUGGGGUUAUGGUUGUCUAAUCAUCUACAUCCGCGAUCACAUGAAACGGACGCCGCCGUUUGAGAUUCGCGACUAUGCGGAAGCGCUCUUCGCCCGCCUCUCGCAGAAUUGGAAUGUGCAGUGGAAGAGGGCUUCUCAGAGGUGUUAUGGGAUGUUGAGGAGGCUACUGCGCGCUUCGGAAUGCGUCGACGCCAUGUUUCCUGCAUCGCUAGCCAGCACCCACAACCACGAAUAG